GGAAAGGCCCCCUCCUUCGACUCGGAAACUUCCUGUCGCCGUUUUCCAUGCUUUUAUUGUACUCUGGCGGUCUUUCAGUGGAGAAUCGUCCGCAUAUAGCACUUUAAAAAGAUCGACUAAAUUUGCUUCUUAUUUUAUCAGUCUUAGAACAAAAUGGUGUUUUAUUUCACGAGCGCAGUUGUGACACCACCUUACACUAUAUAUAUGGGAAAAGACAAAUAUGAAAAUGAAGAUCUUAUUAAAUAUGGAUGGCCCGAAGAUAUUUGGUUUCAUGUGGAUAAGCUGUCGUCUGCCCAUGUCUACUUGAGAAUGCCUAAGGGGACAACAAUAGAGGACAUACCUAAAGAGGUCCUCGUCGAUUGUGCACAGCUUGUGAAAAACAACAGCAUCCAAGGGUGCAAAAUGAACAACAUUAAUGUUGUGUACACGCCGUGGGGCAACCUGAAGAAGACAGCGGAUAUGGACGUGGGUCAGAUAGGCUUUCACCGGCAGAAGGAGGUGAAAGUUGUAGCAGUGGAAAAGAAAAUCAACGAGAUUGUGAACCGGCUGGAGAAGACGAAAGAGGAGCGAUAUCCAGACCUAGCGGCCGAGAAGGAAUCCCGGGACAGGGAGGAGAGAGCCGAGAAGAAAGCGCAAAUCCAGGAGUUAAAAAAGAAGGAGAAGGAGGAUGUGAAGAGGAAGAAGGAGAUGGAGGAGCUAAGGAGUUACUUGUCUCUUAUGAAAAGUGAUAACAUGACGACGAACGAGGAUGGAAAUGAUUCUGAUGACUUCAUGUAGAGCGUGAAGAGCAUCGAGGCUGCCCGAUUCUCGCCCGUCCCUUUAAUUAAAAACCAAAGUGCUCUGUCACCAUUCAUGCGAACACUUAAGGUGCCAGUUUGCGUGCUGACGAUGUUUCCAGUGGAGCUGAGAGCUCUGUUCAGCUGCCAGACUCUAAAAGGAAAUCUGCCACCUUACAGCUUCCUAUUAACCGAUUAACCACUGCAUCACACAAACCUCGAAGCUGACGAACAGUGUGGGACAUGAGGAGAAAUCAUUGGUGCUGAUGUAUUUCGUGAGCCAGUUAUAUUACCCCAGAGGGUGCUGUUUGUAGCGUGACCUUCAGAAGAUCCUGCAGAUCAGCCAAGUCGGCAUGAGACACUGAAUUCUUGUGGGAACUGGUCUUGGUGUGAAGGGUUAUCUGUGUGUUUUGUUUAUUAACGUAAUCUCUGCUUAUGUCCUGCAAUGGCAGCCGGAGUGAAAUGCGAAUUUGUCUUCAGCCACUGUCUUUUUUAGACAUGUUAUCGGGGACUGUAUCUCAGCAUGCUCAGUUUCAGAAACUUCAUUAUACGACGGGUGAUCGUCUUGGCAAAAAAAAUAAAAUAAAAACGACAUAUAUCUACUGAGGUUUUCUGCAACAUUAAAACUGCUAAAAGAGAAAUCAAGCUUGAUUUUAAAUAAACAUUUAGUUCAUCUAAGUGUUUGUAAGUUAAACAGUGUAGAUGGUUUAAGCAAUCCCCCCGCCCUACCCAGACACCACACAUUUAGCCGAAUUUCAUUAAAGCAUGGUACUAUUUUUUUAGGAAGCCUAAAGUGUGUCUGAAUUGCAGAAACCAUGACUUUUUUUUUUUUUUGCUGGUUUGACAUCUGUUUAGUUGUCAAAAUCAAAAACAAACGUUUCACACUGCCUGUGUCUUUGUCUACUACAUUUAUUAAACACUGUUAAGUUCA